GAUGCACGACAUGCAGGUUUAGAGGCAAGUCCCAGAGACGAUGAGUGCGCCGACAUCAACAACACCACCUGGUCGCAGUACCGGCAGCGCCGAGCGGAGCAGCAGGUCCGGUACCUGCUGCUGACCCGGAGGAACCAGGACUGUGCCCAGGCGUUCACCCGGCAAUCUCUCACGGAGACACAGCAGCAACCGUCCCACUUCAACGUCUCCCGCCCGACCAAGGUCCUCGUCCACGGGUACAGGGCGAUGGGCAGUAAGCCGUCCUGGGUGAAGCAGCUGGCCGCCGCCCUGCUGAGGGCGGAGGACGUGAACGUGCUGGUGGUGGACUGAGUCUACGUCGCCUCUUCGUCUACAUCUGGUGGUGGAGACUACUAGGAGGUGGCUCUGCAGAUCUCCGUCCUCAUCAACCAGCUGCAGGAACAUGGAUGCAAACUGGAGUCCUUUCACUUCAUCGGGGUCAGUCUCGGGGCCCACGUCGCUGGCUUCGUGGGGACUCUGUUUGAGGGGAAGAUAGGACGGAUCACAGGUCUCGACCCGGCGGGGCCGAUGUUCAAGGGAGCCGACACCUACGACCGGCUCGACUCCUCCGACGCCCAGUUUGUGGACGCCAUCCACACCGACUCCGACUAUUUUGGGAUCUCCAUCCCGGUGGGUCACGUGGACUUCUUCCUGAAUGGAGGAAAGGACCAGACCGGAUGUGCUCGCUCCAGGUUCACCUCCAUGUACGGCUAUGUGAUAUGCGACCACAUGAGGGCGCUGCACGUCUACAUGAGCGCGCUGAACGGCUCCUGCCCGCUGGUCGGGAUCCCGUGCUCGAGUUACGAGCACUUCCUGCAGGGACGCUGCUUGGACUGCGACGUCUUCCAGGGGACAUGCCCCACCAUAGGUGCGACACCGGGCCGCGGGAUCCUCGUCUCCCCGAUGCCCAAAGAGCAGAAGCUGUUCCUCCUCACGACCUCGGCCGCCCCGUUCUGCUCUCGUCACUUCCUGCUGCAGAUGGAGGUUUCUCCACUGGUCAAGAGCGCCGAGGUGUUUAUGGUGACCCUGAGGACAGAGAACUUGACAGCAGAGAAGAGACUCAGGCUUCAGACGGACACCACGGUGUACCGGGCGGUGCUGUCCCACCCGCUCGCUCUCUGCGAGAUUGACUCCAUCCAGCUGAAGAACACCGGAGCUCGGUUCUACAGGCAGUCGGAGAUCCACGUCAAGUCCGUCUGCCUCUCAGAGUUCCCGGCGCUCAGGCGGGAGGAGCCGCUGUGCGUGAACAACAUCCACUUCAAACGAGGAGCGCCGUGGUCACAUGACUUUGUCCAGGUGUGUGGUGUCGUCUAAAGACGUGAAAUCUACGCCAAAGACCCGGGAGGGGGGGUCAGCCAGCGGCUCUCCAGCACCAUGCACCACGCAUAAUCCACCGAUCUCCCAGUCACGACGCCACCCGUUGUUCACUUUUAUAUCUUAUACUUUUGAUGUAACAUUUGUUGUUUGUAGUUUACAUCUUUGCCUUUUCCUGCAGCUUCUUUGCAAGGGUUGAAAAAUAAAUAAAUACACUUUUUUCCAACGGUG